AUGGCAGGCCCGUUUCGCUACGUCAUCACCGACAUGGACGGUACGCUGCUGUCACCGGACCAUUUCGUGAGCGACUACACCCGCGACACGCUCAAGACGCUCGUGCAUGAACACGGCGUAACACUCAUCUUGGCGACCGGCCGCAGCUAUGCCGAUGUGCGAAUCAUCGCUGACAACAUCAAGAAGUACAUCUGGGGCGAUGGCACGGCAGUGCCCGGAACGCAGGCGCCUGCGAGCCCAUCGAGGGCCCCGGUCAUCUACCUCGUCACCUCCAAUGGCGCUACGGUGCACAACGGUGUCACACACGAAGUCGUAUCCCGGACCUCCAUCGAUCCUGCAGUGGCGGAGAAGCUGCUCCAGCUUCUGCCCAGCGACGAGAAAGUUGUGAACACGAACGCCUAUCAGAGUGAUGACUGGGUGUGCCGCAUCGACUGGCCGGAAAUGAUGGCUGCUAGCAAGGAGAGUGGCAUUCGCUUUAUUCAUGUACCGCAGCCGCUACCGUCGUCGAGCUGCGCACUAGGCUCAGCUGCAGCAUCGCCUGACACAGCAGCGCGCGGCAUUGCCAUCGGCGACUACACGGGUAUUUCCAAGAUCUUCUUCAUCACCGACGACGCGGUGCGUCUGUCGUCACUAGCGGACGAGGUGCGCGCCAUCGACGAAGCCCACGGUGGCCCACCGUUGUCGCUGACCUUCUCGACGUUGGACUGCAUGGACAUCAUGGCGAAUGGCGUGACGAAAGGCGAGGCGCUGAAGAAGCUCUUUGGCGCUAUCCUACCGUCCAGGGACGGAGUCGACGUCGUCGCCGACGCUCUCGCGCACGCCAUCGCGUUUGGCGACGGCCUCAACGAUGCCGAUAUGCUCACGUCAGUCGGCAAAGGGUGUGUCAUGGGCAAUGCGAACCCAAAGCUGAUUGCGCAGCACCAGGAGCUGGAGGUGAUUCUCACCAGCGCUGAAGAUGGAGUGGCAAAGAAGCUGCGAAGCGUGUUUCAUCUUCCGCUGUAA